AUGCAAGCUCGCGCUUACAGGGCUUGCGAGACCUGUCGCAGGAGUAGGAGUCGCUGCACUGGGGGACCUCCAUGUGAGACUUGUCUUGAACGUCGAAAACAGACUUGUGAAUUCAUCGCCACUGCACCUCGCAGUAAGUCUUUUGGACAGCACGCAAGGCUGGAUACCGAUGCAUGCCUUUUAUGGCGCAGUAAGAACGCAAUUUGCACGGGAGGGCCGCCCUGCGAGGAAUGCGUUGAGGGAAGUGACAUGUGUUCAUUUGAUACUGAACUUCACAUUGAGGACCACCUGGGUAAAGGUCGCAGGUCAGCCUGCCUACCGUGCCGCAUGCGGAAAACUCGUUGCACCGGCAGAGUGCCUCCUUGUGAAGCCUGUACUAUCCGUGGUUCUGAAAGUACUUGCGAGUUUGCCAAGACGACAAAAGGUGACCCCGAACUUACGACGAUGCAUAUAAACCAUCAAUGCGAUGGCGCUGCCGAGCCAUGCUGGAAGGCCGUUCCAGAGACAGAGUCAAUGCAGCAGCCUGAGAGCACUCUAGAAAUAGAGACCGACAAUGCGCCGUCACCCUGCAAUUUGACCGCGCUUGAAACGAGAAAAGUACGCCGCAGCGAGUCACUCGGCUGCAGCAAACCACUUUCCACAACCAGCAGUGCCACCUCUCUGUCUGAUUUAAGCAAAACUCCAAGCCUGGAAGCUUCUGAUCCCGAUGGAAGUGCUCACGCAUCUUCACAGAUAGGCUGCACUUCAUAUGACGAAAUACUCCACGUCCUUCCAAGCCGCCAGAUGAUCGAUUCUUUGAUAGGAAAGUACUUUACAUCAAUUUCCAUGUUAUUUUGUGUCGUCAACGCUGCCAAGUUCGAAACCGAGUAUGAGGCUUUCUGCCGCAACACUCAAGUUGUGACGCCAUCUUGGCUAUCCUUGCUUUUUGCAAUCCUAGCGCUAGGCUGUCGGGCGGAAGAAGAUUCCAGAAUACUCUGUCUCUCUGACGAUCAGUCGAUUUUCUACGAGAAAGCCGCCUGGCACUGUUUGUUGGCCAGUGACUCACCGUCUGAGCCAUCACUGAGUGCGUUGAAAGCAAUCGUACUUAUUGUCUAUGGUCGCGCACACCGUGGGCAGGAUGUAUUCAGUGAUCUCCAACUGGCUUAUCGCAUGGUGGCAUCUACCAAAGGUCAUAGCGCUGGACAGAAUGUGGUUGAGCCCACGGUAUGCGAGGAAUAUCGAUGUCUAUUGACUGGCAUGAAAACGCUUUCCCUUCUCAAUGCCCAAGUACACGACUACUACCGCAACCAGGAUCUCAUACGAGAUUUACUCCCUCCAGCUGAUAUUUACGAGUCCACUGGAAGAGCCAAUCUAUCACUGAGUGCCGAAGGAUCACCCUCGCAGAUGACUUUUACAAUCUUGAAUUUGCAACUUUUGGAAAUAUCUCAUACGAUCUUCAUGAGCGCAGAGAUUGGUUUCAAGUCCGAAUGGAGCCUGGGUGCACUUGAAACCGAGCUAUUACAAAUGGAGAAACACUGCAGCGAGGUCUACGCCAACCUUGGUCACUCUGAUUCGCAGUUGGGCUCUCACCAAGGCAGCCAUGGUAUACUGCAUUGCUACAUCAACUAUCUUGUCCAUCUUCUCUUCUUGCCUGAUCUCGACCGAUACCUGGAUGGGGACAUUACGCCUGAGACAAGAACAUCCCAACAGAAGUGCACGAUUUUUGCAAAGGCCUCGUUGCGCAAUUUUAACCUUCUAGCUGAGAACAUGCAGUGUAAAUCCUAUGCUUGGUAUAUUCGAGGUGUUGGAAGUCACUAUGCCGAACGAUCAGCAUAUGCUCUCACCAGAUGCCUUGCAGGGUUUCAAAAAGGAGAUCAAGACGAAGAGGCCAAGCAUAUCCUGAACCAUACGUUGGGAAUAUUUUCUGCAUUAUCGGACCGCAGCAUCUUCUCUGCAAGAGGAGCCUUUCUUCUUGAACAUCAAUGUAUGCCUAUGCCAUUCAAUAGCUACUCCUCGCACCUUGGUCUUUAA